AUGCCCCUCUCCCCCCACCCCAACCCCACCUACCACCUCGCCUACAUAACCGCCCUCCCAUCCGAACUCACCGCCGCGCUCACCCUCCUCGACACCCUGCACGGCAUUCCCCAAUCCCAACCCGCUGAGGACCCCAACGCCUACAUCCUCGGGGCAAUCGGACCCCACAACAUCGUGAUGGUAUGUCUUCCGGCGGGAAGAAUGGGCACCGCGGCCGCCGCAACAGUGGGGGAGAAUCUCCGGCGGACGUUCCCGGGGGUGAAGUAUGCGGUGUUAGUUGGGAUUGGGGGCGGGGUUCCCCGCUAUACGGAGGGGGCAGAAUCAGAUAUUCGAUUAGGGGAUGUGGUUGUGGGGGUGCCGAGUGGUGGGUACGGAGGUAUAGUAUCGUAUGAUUGUGAGGGACGGGUGCAAUUGGAUUCCCCGCCGCAGAAGUUGUUGGGGUGUGUGACGAUGGUUAAUUGUUUGAUGGGGAGUGCGCGUGGGAAGAGGAGGGGGGAGGUUUUGGGGGGAUUUUGGAGGAGUUGGGGUCGGGGGUGUUUGGCUUGUGGAGAUGCAGGUGGGGAGAUAUAUAGAAAGGAGAGGACGAGUACGUUACCGGUGGUGCAUGUGGGGACGAUAGCGUCGGGGAAUACGGUCAUUGGGGAUGGAGUGACUAGGGAUAGGAUCUGCGAGAGAUAUAAAGGGUCGGUUUUGUGUUUUGAGAUGGAGGCGGCCGGGUUGGUCAAUUGCUUGCCUUGUUUGGUUGUGAGGGGCAUUAGUGAUUAUGCGGAUGCGCAUAAGAAUGAUGAGUGGAGGCCAAGGGCUAUUGCUGCUGCGAUAGAUAGCACGCGCAUGAGGAGUAUAGACUCUUUAGCAAGAUGA